AAAGCUCAGUGCUGCUCCGAGUCAAGAGUUGAUACGUUGAUUAGUCUCACUCGGUGUCCGGAUACCCUAGUGAAGCAUGUAUACUCCAGGAAUUUGCAAAAAUCAAGUGUUCUGGGACUUGUGAGGACGAGGAAUUGAUACUCAUCGGUUUAAAUGAGGCCCAAGGUAUCUCCAAUUCUCUCCUUAAAAUUCAUGGUGAUUUUUGGAUUACACCGGCUGUGUUGUAUUUCGGCCCUGGAUUUUUAACCUCAACGAUAAUCGCAGUGACACCGUAGGUGAAGGAACAUAAAUUAAAAUGUUGCCACGGGACACGAGUAAGACUGACUACAUAAGUUUGAAUAUUAAUGAUCCUGGAACAUACCUGAAGCCAUCGAGAAGCCUGUGGAGACAAUGGAAUCAAAUGUCAAGGUUUCAACGAAAUGUAUUUUGGUUCCUGGUGAUUACUGUGCUUCUUUUAUUGUUUUAUCUGCUUCCUGGGGAUACGAAGAACGUGGUUAUUGACGAUGGGAAUGAUUAUGUGAACGCUAAAGUGGUUCAGGACACUCCGAAGGGGGAUAGCAUUCCCGAGGAGGUGGUGGUGGACAGUGAAAACCAGGCUGUGGGGCCUGCUGGUGGUGAGGUGAUUGAGGAGCCUGAAUUUCAGCCUGAGAUCAAUCAGGUAGAUGAUGAUCAGAUCAAUGAACCACCACAGCCCAAGCCCAAUGCUAUGGUCUUCCAUGGCCCUCAGAAUGACAGACAAAAGGCUGUGGUUAGGGCUUUCAAGCACUCCUGGGAUGGGUAUGCCGAGUUUGCCUGGGGACAUGACAAUGUUAAACCUAUUUCCAGGGGAUAUCACGAGUGGUUCGGACUUGGAUUGACCAUUGUUGAUUCUUUGGAUACUAUGUACAUUAUGGGACUCAAAGAAGAAUUUGCACAAGCACGAGCUUGGGUAGAAGAGAGUUUGGUGUUCCAUACAAACAGAGAUGUGAACCUCUUUGAGGUAACGAUAAGAGUCCUAGGAGGUCUACUAUCAGCAUAUCACCUCUCUGGAGACAAAGUAUUCCUGGACAAAGCCAUCGACUUGGGAGACCGAAUGAUGCCAGCAUUUUCAACCAGGUCCGGGGUACCUUACUCAGACGUUAACUUGGGAACAAAGAGAGCGCAUCAUCCCAAAUGGGGGCCUGACAGCAGUACCAGUGAAGUAACGUCAAUUCAAUUGGAAUUUCGUGACCUCAGCAGAAUCACAGGUCAACCCAGAUUCGAGGCUGCUGUGGCCAAAGUCUCGGAGCACGUUCACAAUUUGGAAAAGUACGAUGGCCUGGUGCCGAUAUUUAUCAACGCAAAUACUGGACUGUUCAGGGAGUAUGCGACGAUUACACUCGGGGCUCGUGGGGACAGCUACUACGAGUACUUACUGAAGCAGUGGGUGCAGACAGGCAGGACAAUUGAUUAUUUGAGGGAUGAUUAUGUGGCUGGUAUUCAGGGAACGCAGAAGCACUUGGUGAAACGAACAGCGAAAGAGAGAUUCCUGUUCAUUGCUGAAUUGAUAGGAGCUUCGAGGGACAUGAAACCCAAAAUGGACCACUUAACUUGCUAUUUACCAGGAACCUUGGCGCUGGGCGUUCACAAUGGCCUUCCCUCCGAGCACAUGGACUUUGCUAAGGAAUUAACAAGAACUUGUUACCAGACUCACGUGAUUCAGCCCACGUUCUUAGCGCCGGAAAUAACUUAUUUCAACGUUCAGGACACUGACGAGGAGAGCCAGAUGGACAUGUACGUGAAAUCUACCGAUGCCCACAAUUUGUUACGUCCAGAAUUUAUCGAGAGCCUCUUCUACAUGUGGUACUUCACUGGGAACAAAACUUAUCAGGACUGGGGCUGGCAGAUAUUCCAGGGCUUCGAGAAUUACACGAAAGUGGAGAAUGGCUACACUAGCAUUGGAAAUGUCAAGAAUAUCCAGAAUACUCGGCCCAGGGACAUGACUGAGAGCUUCUGGUUUGGUGAAACUCUCAAGUACUUUUAUCUGUUGUUUGAUGACACGAGACAGGUAGUCGAUCUUGACAGGUGGGUCUUCAAUUCUGAGGGGCAUCCUCUACCUGUUCACGAGUCAUAACAACUUACUUGGGUGAGUGGAGGUAGAUUAAUGGAGGGAAUCUUGAGGCCAGUGGCAAUGAUGCGUUUUAGAGUACUUAAGAUUUUUGGUAGAGGAUUUCUCAAAGAGGAUUCCACUUCUACUUAUUACGGUACAAUGUGGGUUAUGCACAAGAAGUUCGGACUGGAGAAUAUGAGAGUAGAAUGAAAAUAAUUGAAUACGUAUUUUGUGGAUUUUUCUGGACAACAAAAUACGUAUUUAAUUUAUUCCGUCUCUUUGUAUUUCAUCAACGGUUUGAAUAAAAAAACAUGAGACAACCCAACUUGUUACUGGACAACUACAAAUAUGUUCUGAUCGAUAGCGAUUAUUGCACAAAAGAAAUGAAAGACAACGAUGCAAAACUUAAACGAAUCGUUCAUCAAUAAAUCUAAUGUAAAAAUCGUCUUGUAAUGAAUAUUCCUUUUUGUAAAAUAUUAAAUAUGACAACAGUA